AUGCUACCACAGGAGAAAGAACUUGAUGAGCUGUUGGCUUGUAAAAAAGAAGAGUGGAAAACACUUCAAGCCCUUCGAGCCCAGCUGCAAGAAACAGCCCUGCAGGAUGCCCAGCGGCAGCUUCAGGAAGCAAAGGAAAAACUCAGUCAAUUGAAAAAGGACUUCACCUAUAAUUUGCAGGUCCUAGAGGAACGGGACUGUGAGCUAGAGCGUUAUGAUGCUGCUUUUGCCCAAACCAGUAUGUUGGAGGAAGCCAGAAAGGCAGAGGUGAGUGAGCUCAAGAUUGAAGUAGCCAAGCUAAAGCAAGCUGUUGCCAAGGAAACCAGGAAGAGAGAGGAACUACAGCAGCUCUAUCAGCACCGACUGCAGGAGCAUCGUCUGGAGCUGGAGCAGAUACACAGUAACAAGAACUGUGAAAUUGACCACCAUCGAGAACAAUAUGAAAAGUUGAAGUGGCAGUUGGAAAGAAAACUCCAGGAACUAGAUGGAGAGCUUGCUUUGCAGAAACAGGAACUUCUAGCAGAGUUUGAAUCUGAGCUGAAAAAGAGAGAGCAUGAGUUUCGACUUCAGGCUGAUGAUAUGAGUAACAUAGUCUUGACCCAUGAGCUCAAGGUAAAGUUCUUGGCCAAAGAACUUGAGGCUCUUAAGGUGGCUGGUAUUAAAGCUGCAGAAUCCUUACUGGUAGCAGAAACAACUAAUUUGGAGCUGGAGAAAGAAGUGAAGCGCAAAGACUUGGAAAUCAAGGAUCUGACAGCCGUGAAAAAUGCCAGGAUAAAAGACUUAGAGGGAAAACUCCAGUCCGUACAGCUGAUCAGGAAAAAAGAAGAAGAAAUAUUUAAGAGGAAACAUGAAGAACUGGAUCGCUUUGCCAGAGAAAAAGAUGCAGUGCUCACUGCAGUGAAGGAGGCCAAUGUAGAACAUGUACAGAAGUUAGAGGCCAAAGUUCUUGAACACCAAGCCAGUCAUGAUACUCUUGAGAUGGAACUGAGAAGAUCUGAGUGGAGACAGGUGGAUGCCUUAAAAGAAAAGGACAUUGUCAUUGCCAAGCUUCAAGAAGAUGCGGCAGCAAUGAAAUCUGCCUGGGAUGCUCAGAUUGCACAAAUAUCCAAGGAAACUAUUUCCAGAGACCUUCAGAUUCAUAUAUUACAAGAAGAGGAAGUGAAGCUGAAGGCACAACUAGCCAGGUUCCAGCAGGACAUUGAAAGGUACAAACAGCAGCUGUCUCUAGCAAUGGAACGGGAGCAGAUCCUAGAACGUGACAAGGUACAGGUAGAACUGGACUGGCAAAGUCGCUGUGAAAAUGCUGAAAGGAACCAGUAUGAGAAAUCAGAGGAUUUGAUACAGGGCUUAACAACAGCCAGAAACCAGGUUGCUGCCCAGCUCCAAGAGACAGAGCAGAAGUUAUGUGAAAUGAAAACAGUACUGAAGGCUAUAAUCUUUGAAAGAGAUCAGGCAAUUCACACACUCAGUUUGCAUGGUUUACUUCCUGAAAAGGAGAAAAAGGUGCUCCUAACAGAUCACAAAAUAAAUGGAAGUAAAGGUUUUCCAUCCAGUGAGAUUCAGAAGCUACAGGAACAAAAUACAAACUUACGUACUGCAAUUGCACAAAUGAGAAGGGAAAUGGAGGCUCUAAAUGAUCAAGUCCCGUCUUUUAUCAUCACUGGAAAGAAGACCUUAAAUGCAGCAGUAGCCUGUGAUCCAGAAGCUACAUCAGACACAUUAAUUUCUGGUUAUUUGCUGGCUGAUAAAGUUUCUAUUGAGAUGGCUUUGAAGAAGCUACAAGCCAAAGCAGUUCUUUUGGAUUCCAUGGUAACACAGCUCAAACAAAAGGUGCAGCAGAAACCAUUGGACAUGGAUGAGUUCCAGGCCCAGCUCUCUAGUCAGCUAGAGCAAGUACAUUUAGAAAUUUCAGGGCUACAGGAACAGGUAACUCAGCUCAAGAUGCAUUUCAGUAUAGUCAAGAGGGAAGCAGGGAAGACUUCUAACAAGAAUCAACAACAAAUCCCAGAAUCUUUGAUGCUUGGGAAAGAGAGUCAGAUGACCGAAAAACCUCUAGAAGGAACUACAGACCGAAAAGAUGAAUUUGACCAAAUGGGUGCUGGAAAUCAGGCUCAGCCUCUUGAGGCCUUUUCCAUGCAAAUGUUGCAGAAGAAACUGAAGGAAGCAGCAAGAAAAAUCUCCAGCCUAAGCCAAGAGAAGCAGCAGCUUAUUGAAAUGGGAAACAGACUUCGGGCUGAACUGGGUAAAACAAAGGGUCAUCCUAUGAAGUUCUCACAGCAUCUAUUUCAAAGUAUGUCUGGGACCUUAUAUCCAAAAACACUAAUCAGAGACACUGGGCAUCAUUUCUUAGCUUUGGAGCAGCCUCAGGGAAGACUCACAACUCAGGAGCUACAGUAUGCCCAGCAAGACUAUUUCUCCAGAUUCUCUGAAAAUGCCCCAGAAACUUUAACCAGAAAUGAUGCUCCAAGCAAUUUUGAGGAAGAACCAAAGUUGCCUCCUGCUCAGAUCCAGCUUAACACUCCCACGAGGAUUAGCAAAUCAGCUCAGGAGAAAGAAAACAGGUCUCCAGUGCCAACUGAGGCCCAAGAACUGCAUGAGGAAAAUAGGCAACUUACUCAAAGAUCAUCAUCUCAGGCUGGCAGCUCCCUCCAAGAUAUAUGGAAGAUAUUGGAUUUGGGAUCUAGUCCUUCUGGCUUCACUUCUCAAGACGACUCCCUUCCAGUGGAGAUCUCAGUACCCAGGGCAGCUGACAGCCUCCAAGAAAGGAACCAGGAUACAGUAGGGACUUCCAGAGCUUUUACCAUUGAAGGGAUGAAGUUGGAGGUCCAGCCAAGGCCAAAAUCCACCAAGCCCUCUAAGCCCCAUCCUGCAAAACCAAAAAUUACCCAGAAAUCAAAAAUCAGGAACUAUAAUGUGAAGGAAUAA